CUGAAAACUCAUCACAGCCAAUGAGAGAGCGAGAUACAGAGCAGCGGGGAGUUCGGGGAGGAGUUAUAGACCACUCUCGUUGCAGAACACACAAAUGCCUACUGCAAUUUGAUGAACGUGUCAGUGUUGAGACCUUGCAGGCUGAACUAAUCAGCCUUGCACAGCAAUGGGAAAGACUGAAACAAUAACUAACGGAGAACUACAACAUUAGGGGAGCUGCUUCUAGUGAUGAAACAUGGGAAGGCUCUGAGGUUCCUGAAGAAAGUGUGGAGUUUGUGAGCAGAAGUUGUUCCACAUGCAAAAACUGUCUAAUAUGCUGCUAUCUCCUCUUGUCUCAAUACAAUCUGCUUACUGCUUUGUUGAUGGUUUGGGUUAUAAGUUCCUCCCCACACUAUCCAUUACUCAGGUUGCCUGUGAGAGGACCUUCUUCACCCUGACAUUAGUGAAGAACUGUCUGAGAACCUCCCUCAGUCAAGAGAACCUUGAAGCAUUCCUUUUUACAGCAACAGACAAGCUAGAUUCUUAUGGAACUUGAUAAAGAUUGCAUCAUUGACAAGAUGGCAGAGCAGUGAGCUACUGCACCACCUACAGGUUUACUAGUGCUAAUUACUUACUGUUUACUCUUACUGGUCUGUGUCGUGGAAAUUCUCAAUACUAAUCCGACUUCACCACUGACAAUUCAAACAACCUCCAGUUGUCAAUAUAAUAUAUAAUACUCAGUACCAAUACAGUACUACAGUACCUUCGAGGUAAUUCCCGUCCCGAAUAUAAUACAAUACAAUACUACAGUACCACAAUACUACAGUACCUUUGAGGUAAUUCCCGUCCCAAAUAUAAUACAAUAUAAUACUACAGUAUCUCGAGGUAAUUCCCUUCUCGAAUACUUCUAAUACUUCUCAGUUUCUAAUACUUCUCAGUUUGACGAGGAUGUUGAGGCUACUCUAGAUGCAUCAUGCAGAGGAGAAGUGGAUCAGCGACUGCAGUUGAUGAGUACACUAAUCAUCAGCAUCGGUGCAGAGAGAUUUGGCAUCAAAGUACCGAAGGCUCAGAACAUUGCUAGGCCAAACCGGCGUGAGACCAAGAUCUCCCAGCUCAGGAAAGAGCUGAAGGUUUUAAACCGUCAGUAUAAGAGGGCGAGCGAGGAGGAAAAGCCAGCCCUUACAGAGCUCAGGGACAUUCUGAGGCAGAAACUCAUCUCUCUACGGCGGGCUGAGAGGCACAGGAGGAGAGGCAGAGAAAGAGGUCGCAAGCGAAUGACCUUCAUUGCAAAUCCCUUUCGCUUUACUAAGCAGCUGCUGGGGCAGAAGCGGAGUGGGACCCUGCGAUGCCCAAAGGAGGAGAUCAAUCAGCACCUCAGUGAUAAAUACAGCGACAGCAGGAGAGAGGAGAAUCUGCCCUCCUGCAGAGAGUUACCCACACCACCAGAACCCUCCUUCCAGUUUAACAUCAAGGAGCCCACCUUGGCAGAGGUCAGGGACAUCGUACGAACUGCUCGUACCAGCGCAGCUCCGGGCCCAAGUGGAGUGCCAUAUAAAGUUUAUAAGCAUUGCCCGAGACUCUUGGAGAGGCUGUGGAGACUCAUCAGGGUAGUAUGGCGGAGGGGGAAGGUGGCCCAGCAAUGGCGUCACGCAGAGGGUGUGUGGAUACCAAAGGAGGAGAAUGCAAGUGACAUCACACAGUUCCGCACCAUCUCUCUGCUCAGUGUGGAAGGCAAAAUCUUUUUCAAGAUUCUUGCCAACAGGUUAUCUGAGUAUCUUAUGAGGAAUUCCUACAUUGACACCUCGGUGCAAAAGGGCGGAGUCCCAGGCAUGCCGGGCUGUUUGGAACACACAGGAGUGAUCACCCAGUUGAUCCGGGAGGCGAGAGAAAAUCGAGGAGACCUAGCAGUCCUCUGGCUUGAUUUAGCCGACGCCUACGGAUCAAUUCCACACAAGCUGGUGACAACAGCUCUGACGAUACACCACAUUCCUGAGAAGAUCAUAGAACUCAUAAGGGACUACUACAGCAGUUUCAGCCUGAGAUUCACCUCUGGAACAGUAACAUCUGCGGGGCACCGCUUAGAGAAGGGCAUUAUCACAGGCUGCACCAUAUCAGUGGUAUUGUUUUCCCUAGCGAUGAGCAUGCUGGUCAAGGCUGCUGAGGUGGAAUGUAGGGGCCCCCUGUCAAGAUCCGGCAUUCGCCAACCGCCAAUCCGAGCCUAUAUGGAUGAUCUGACUGUCACAUCAACAUCAGUGACAGGGUGCAGGUGGCUCCUCCGCGGUCUGGAAAGGAUUAUGGCAUGGGCAAGAAUGACGUUCAAGCCAGCCAAGUCCAGAUCCUUGGUCCUGAGAAAGGGGAGAGUGGAGGACAAACACCGUUUUUACGUGGAUGGAGUCACUAUUCCAACAGUGUCAGAGAAGCCUGUGAAAAGCUUAGGGAAGAUCUUCGACAGCACCCUGAAGGACAAGGCAGCGGUGGAGGCAGCCCACAUGGAGCUGAAGACCUGGUUAUCAGUGGUGGACAAGUCCGGUCUUCCGGGGAAGUUCAAGGCAUGGAUAUACCAGCAUGGUAUCCUGCCAAGACUCCUGUGGCCACUACUGAUUUAUGAAGUCCCAGUAUCACUUGUGGAGGGCUUUGAACGCAAUAUCAGCCAAUACCUGCGUAGAUGGCUGGGUCUGCCGAAGAGCCUGAGCAGCAUUGCUCUGUAUGGGCACAACAAUAAGUUGCAGUUGCCUUUUACUGGUUUGACUGAGGAGUUCAAAGUCACCAGAGCCAGGGAGGUGUUGCUUUACAGAGACUCGGCUGACACCAGAGUCUCUUCCGCUGGCAUCACGGUCAGAACUGGGAGGAAAUGGCGAGCGCAAGAGGCAGUCGACCAGGCAGAGGCGAGACUGAGACAUAGUGUCUUAGUUGGCUCUGUGGCAGUGGGAAGAGCUGGUCUAGGCAGUCACACAAGACCACGCUACGACAAAGCCCAAGGACGAGAGAGACGCCAGAUGGUGCAGAGAGAGAUUCGUGCUGAGGUGGAGGAGGAGCGCCUAAGUAGGACUGUGGCAAUGCGCCAACAAGGAGCCUGGGCCAAUUGGAAUUAUGCAGCUGCCAGGAAGAUCACCUGGACAGAACUAUGGAAGUAUGAACCCGCAAGACUUAAGUUCCUGAUUCAGUCGGUGUAUGAUGUCCUCCCAAGUCCAUCUAACCUUUACACCUGGGGCCUAGCAGAAACAUCAACAUGCCCUCUGUGUCCGGCUCAUGGUUCCCUGGAGCAUAUCCUGAGUUGCUGCCCUAAAGCACUAGGAGAGGGGAGGUACACGUGGCGCCAUAACCAGGUGCUGAAGGCAGUAGCGGAUACCAUCUGCACAGCAAUCCGGGAGUCUAAACAUCAAGUCCCAGCGAGGUACAACAUCUCCUUUGUUAGGGCAGGGGAGAAACCCCAGGGAGAACGUAAGGCCUCAACUGGACUGCUAGCCACGGCCCGAGAUUGGAAGUUGCACGUGGACCUUGGGAGGCAGUUAAAGCUCCCAGAGCACAUAGCAAGGACGUCACUGAGGCCAGAUCUGGUCUUAACAUCUGACUCAACAAAGCAAGUCGUGCUAGUGGAGCUUACUGUCCCCUGGGAGGACAGGAUGGAGGAGGCUUUCGAAAGGAAGAAGGCCAAAUAUCUGGAGUUGGUUGAGGCAUGCAGAGGGAGAGGAUGGAGGGCCCGCUGUGAACCAAUAGAAGUAGGCUGCAGGGGCUUUCUAAGUCAAUCUGUGCAUCGGGCAUUCAGGCUCCUUGGCAUUAGAGGGUUGCGUGAAAGAAGAGCCACUAAAAACAUCAGUGAGGUCGCUGAAAAAGCCUCAAGUUGGUUAUGGAUCAAAAGGGGAGAAGUAUGGAGUAGCGCGCUGCUUGGACACAAACCGGGGCCUGAUCAACCCCGGUUGGGUCGCCCAGGUGAGGGUGUCUGAAGAUCAAAGACCCGAAACACCCUAUGACCCUGGGUCCUUCACUGAAGAUGUGUCCAAGCUGCACCUUUAAGGUGUUUCAAAAUCUAUACAUUUCCAAUAUUUCGAGGUAAUUCCCUUCCCGAAAUAAGGUGACGGCGUCCCGUCAAGAAACUACUAUCACUACCUCAAUCACACAUGAGCACACAGGUCUUUAGCAUCUAUACACUCUCACCGUCCUUCUCAGGUGUACGCUGGUCCGACACAGGAUCAUUAAUACUAACUCUGAGUAUUACAGCCUCACCCCGAGGGCGACUCUAUAGUCUUCCAACACUAUCACUGUCUCUGCUGUGGUCUUUUGAGUGUAGAAUCUUUAGUACUUCUAUUCCUCAGCUGCGCAGCAUAUACCUGACGUGACUUCCAAGUUGCUCUUUGUAGAAAUUAAGUUUUAUUUACGGCCGGGAGGUCACUCGUCACAACAACAGAGUGAGUCUCCAUGAAUAGAAAGAUACAUGCACAUUUAAGUCUUACAGUUGAGUAAAAAUCAAUGUCUUCAUCACUGUGAUUUGUUCUGGUGAUUGGUUUGUAAUGAUCUAAGCUAAUCAUGUGACUGGUCUUUGACCUGAGCAUCCUUAGUCUGCGAAGGACACAGUAGAGCCUGUCCCCCCGAGAUUAAGAAGGUUUCUACAACCCUUACUUCAUUGUACCGAAGAAGGGUGGUGGUUUGAGACCAAUCCUAGAUCUGCGAGUACUGAAUCAGGCCCUGCACAGGCUCCUGUUCAAAAUGCUCAUGGUCAAACACAUGCUCACAUGUGUCAGACAUCAGGAUUGGUUCACGGUGAUACACCUGAAGGAUGCAUAUAAUGUCCACUCUUGACAGAAAACAUGAUUUUUGUGAUCUCAUGCAUGCAUGCAUGCACACAUAAUGUGAAGAAAAUUUUGUAUAGGCAUAUUAUAGUUUAAAUUACCAGU